AUGGAGAAGAACGCCAAGAUUGUCAUAAUCGGGGCCGGAAUAUUUGGGCUCUCUACAGCCUAUCAGCUUGCUUCUGAAGGUCACCGAAACAUCGUUGUUCUCGACCGACACAUGCCACCAGUACCGGAUGGAUCUAGCUCUGACAUCUCCCGUGUCGUUCGUUUCGACUACGCCGAUGAAGACUACCUUGGACUCGCCUACGAGGCCUAUGUGAAGUGGCGGGACGAUGCUAAAUACCAAGGCAUUUUCGAACGCGCUCGAUACAUCCUGGUCGGCAAGACUAGUCCGUAUGGACAAGACUGGAUUACCAAGACGACGUCUGCACUCACUAAGAAGAAUCUGCCAUGGACAAAGCUUAAAGAUGCUGCGGCGGCGAGAAAGGAAUUCCCUGUGCUCUCAGGAGAGCUUGCGACGCCGGGGUUUUUUGGUUACCAUAAUCAACAGGCUGGGUGGGCCGAUGCCGCCAAAGCGGUUACCCAGCUUCGGGAUGACUGCUUCGAACUUGGUGUUUCCUUAAUCGCCGGUCGGAGUGGAACCGUGAUUGACUUCGAAACUGAUUCCCAGAAAAGCAUCAAAGCAGCCUUGACACUUGAUGGUAACCGAGUCGCGGGUGAUCAUUUCAUAUUGUCGACCGGAGCCUGGACUUCGGGCCUGGUUCCCAUGUACAAUUCCGUCUUGUCAACAGGUCACGUCAUCGGAUAUGUCAAACUAACCCCAGAAGAGAUUCGGAAGUACAAAAAUCUCCCAAUCUAUGCAAACUUCUCCACCGGAUGGUUUAAUUUCCCUCCUCACCGAGAUACCGGUAUGCUCAAGAUGGCAAUUCAUGGAUGGGGAUACACACGUACCCCUAGACAAGAGGAUAUUACUGCCAUUCAGUCCAAUAUUUCCUCUCCGCCACUCAUCCCCCCUCGAGAACGACGAAAUUUCGUCCCGCAGGACGGUGAGACCCGUUUACGAGAGGGUCUCCGCGAGAUUCUCCCAGAGCUGGCUGACAGGCCAUUCGAUAAGCUUGCACUAUGCUGGUACACUGACACCCCGAGUGGCAACUUCAUCAUGGACUAUCAUCCAGACUAUGCCAACCUCUUUGUCGGAGGAGCCGGCAGUGGACAUGCAUUCAAAUUCCUUCCCGUACUUGGAAAAUACAUGUCACUUGCUCUGAAGAAGAACCUGCCUGAGCAGCUUGCGGAGAAAUGGCGAUUCCGAAAAGAGUACGCAUCGCAGACCGACACUUUUCUGGGCGAUGGCAGCCGCGGAGGACCAGCUAGACGAGAACUGGAUACCGAGGAAAAGGCCAAGUUGUAG